UCCAUCUCUCCAUCUCUCCAUCUCUCUGCCAGCUGUCUCUCCAUCACACCCGCGCUUCGCUCUGUUUGUCCCUUCGCGGCCUCCGUACGUCAUUGUUGACAACAAACAUGGCGUCCUCAAUGUCACUUCUCGGCUUGGGUCGUCUUUCUCUGCUCAAUGCUGCUUAUAAACUGGCCCUGAAUCCUAUCAGGUCUACAAGCACAUCAACAUCGAGGCUGGCAGAGAAACCAGGACCAGACACGCAACUUAUUACCGUUGAUGAGAAAUUGGACAUCACCAGCCUGACAGGAGUCCCAGAGGAGCACAUCAAAACACGCAAGGUUCACAUCUUUGUUCCCGCCAAAACGGCCAUGCAGUCAGGAGUCAACAGCACCAAAAAGUGGAAGAUGGACUUUGAUACCAGAGAGCGCUGGGAGAACCCGCUGAUGGGCUGGGCCUCAACGGGUGAUCCCUUAUCCAACAUGGUGCUCUCCUUCUCCUCCAAGGAAGAUGCCGUCGCUUUCGCCGAGAAAAAUGGUUGGAGCUACGAUAUAACAGACAAGAGGAGCGCAAAGCCCCGGGUUAAAUCCUAUGGAGCAAACUUCUCCUGGGACAGGAGGACCAGGAGGUCUGCUAAGUAAACUGAAGACACCCAUCUGUUGGUUGGUUUGACCUCAGUUUGUUCCACAGCAAGACUGUAUCAUUCUUGUCAAUAAAUGCAUAAUUAUAUAUGUUAAAACCAAA